GAAGGGAUUUGUGUCGAGCUUGUGUAUGCUGGUCGUCCAUCGGCAGAUUUCAGAAUCUAAUUCCGUGGAGUUGGAAGGAGGAGCAGCGCAGCGUUCUCAGCGUCAGCGAGAGCGUGUGUGGUGAGAGACCGGGCAAGUACCUGAUCGAGCGAUGGGCAGGAUGUACUAGCUGCUCGCCACGACCAUUACCUGUCAGAUGCAGCAAACUCCGUAAGAAACUUUUACCGGGGAGCAAGACUCUAAGCGAUGCCGGGGCUUGUGCGGAGAGACACUGAAGAGGAUAUAUUUGAGUCGUCGCUGAAUCUUGAAGGAGCACACUAUCAACAGGGAUUCGAGGAAGGUUUUGCUGAUGGGAUCGGAGCUGGCAGGGAGGAGGGCAGAGAGGUCGGAUUAAAGUCAGGUUUCCAAGUUGGAGAAGAGGUCGGGUUUUACUCCGGUUGUGCGGAUCUCUGGCGAGCGGCUGUGGAGAUCGACUCGAGUGCUUUCUCGGCACGAGCGCAGCGUAGUAUCAAACAGUUUCAAGAGCUGUUACGCGCAUAUCCUCUCUCCAACCCUGAGGACGAGCGGGUGCAAGACUUAUUAGAGACAAUUCGAGUGAAGUUCCAAGCCCUUCUGUCCAUGUUAUCAAUCCACCUGGAGUACCCUGGUCACCCUAAGGCGCGCAGUGCUGAUGAUGCAUCAUUCUAGAGAUUUGCAGUAGAAGAAGAGGUGUUUAGGUCUCUCGAAAGGCAUCAGCUCUGUGAAGAAGGUUGUCAACUGGUUAGAGUCACAAUGGCUCAGCAUGGAAGUUCUGUGACUCAGCAGCGAACGCUUACCGCCCCUACUCAGACACUAGUUGUUACCCAGACCGUGCAAGAACAGGUCACUGCCCCUGCUCAAGCGCGACAAGAGGCCGUCACUUUAGUUCUGCGUCCACGCAAACAAGUUUCAUGGCGAGAUGGGACCGUGGACAACGAGCAUAUGCAGAAGAAAAGCUCCAAAAUUUGCUGUGUAUUCCACAAAAAGGAAUCACUGGAAGAUUACAGCGAUGAUGAAGAUAACCAAGUGAAGGAGAAGGGCUCCUGUCAUGGACAUUCACACAGAGAUGAUGGAUCGGGACCGAGUGGAAGUCACGAUAAAAACCCAGAGGAAAAUGGUGAAAGUCAUGAGAAUGUUCCGUCUGCUAACGGAAAGCGGUCGGUUGAAGAAUGAAGAACUAUUUCUUGAAUGAUUUUAUGGAAUAGUGGAUUUACUGUUUCUCUACCAACUGAAAUUCUAGAGUGGUGGAGAUGCUGUCAUGUGACAGACGACGAUUGUGCAGAAAAUCAAUUGUUUCACGACUCCUUAUUUUUCUGUACAUCAGUGGGCGUGAACAUCUGCAUUUCGAAGGGAACUGACGAUUCUGGUGAAAAGCGAUGUUGAGUGAAUUUCCAUGGGAAGCUUGGUUGAUUAUGUGAAGUAUAUUCGUUGGCUUUUCCCUGGACUUAAAGACGACUUAUUCUGAUUGGCAGUGUCCCACAGGAUUAAGAAUUAAGGUUGAAUGUGAUUCCUUCUUGGUCAAAAUGAUGCAGAUCUGCAGCGGGGUUUGAUCGGCAAGUAGUGUUAAAGUCAUGAGAGAGGCUUUGCUUCCAACUAUCAAAGCCUUAGAUCUCUGUCAACUUUGCUCAUGUUUGAAGCCUAAAUCCAAUUUCGAAGAUAAUAUGCUGGACGUUCAGUGCAUAUUUCCCAG